AAACCGGCGGCCAGCGUGCACACACAAACUGUUUUCCGCAUUCGUACCGCGAGAUUGUCAGUCGGAGUUCAAAACAAACCCACAGAAUAUUGUACACUUUGAAGAAACGCAUUUGGAAGGAAAAAAUUGUGUACUUAAAUGGGCGAGUGUCUUCCUGUCCCGCCGCCGGCCUAGGUCUAUUUAUGUAACACCUUUUUCGUCAAAAUGGAGGAAGGUCCAGAGUCAAACGCUCAUCACGGUUUGGACUGUCUUGUGCCCGAAGUGGAGCUGUCGUCGAUAGGCGAGUCGACACCAGGCAGAUCCACGCCAGGCAGAUCGACACCAGGUAGGUCCCGGCAGUCGACACCGACCAAAUCGAUUUCGAACCGAUCUACACCGUAUAGAUCACGAUCGACGCCAGGUAGAUCGACGACACCCGAACCGCCGCCCGUACCGCCAGCGACUUAUCAUUGGGAAGAAGUGAGGAGACAACGAAUGACCGGAGGUUACCCUUGGACUCACCUGAACAAGCCACCUUAUGACGAAAACACAUGGGACGAGUACGAAAGGGAUCACGUGUACGAACCUGUAACGCCGGCGGCCAGCGCGGACAAGCUGUCGGUGCCGGAAAAACAGCAGUCCACCGCCACCGCCGCCGCCGCCAAGGAGGAGAACCGGCACUUUUUGCGCAUACCGUUGGCCGAAGAAAUCGUGAUGGCCGACGAGACAGGAUCGGACGACGAGGAGGACGACCACGAGGAGGACUGUCAACGGUCUGAAGAAGACGAAUACGAAGACGAGUUCGGCGAAGACGACGACGACGACGACGACAAAAAGAGGACGACGGACGAAUCGAUUUACGAGGGUGAAAACGAAAACUCGUCGUCCGUCGACCGAGACCGGCCGACCAAGAUGAAAGCGUUUCAGCAAAAGUGCAAGGUCAAGGCGGGCGUGCUGCGGGCCAAGUUGCACGGAGUGACCAAGCGCAAGCCCAAACAGAAAAUAGUGCCCGCGGACGCGUCCGGCGAAGGCGCCGACAAGGCCCGCCGACGGUUCGGUCAGCUCGCGACGCUCCCAAAAAAAUUAAAUUUCAACGCGCCCAACAUCCGUCUGCCGUCUACUUUCGGCCGGUCCAAACGGCACGAAAACGACGGCGACGAAGAACAGGCGGCCGCCAGCAAGACCGGCGGCCGGUUCAACCUGCCGCGGUUCCGGUUCCCCAGGUCCACUUCCGAAUCUCCCAAACCGUCCAAAUCGACCCGCAUCGGUGGAUCCCGGCUGUCCAUACCCAACUUUCGCCCGCGCACCUGGUCGGACGCGUCAAAAGCGUCCAGGCCGCCGACGGCUGACGGCGGUGGCGGUCGCAUAAAAACCAAACUCAUGGAGUUCGGCACUUACCCGAGAAUAUUUUCCAAACGCAGAAAGGUGCAAGACGGACCGAGAGAAGACAAUACGAAGACGCCGCCGGAGUGCAACCCGGAGACGCCGUCGACGAAGCGAAAGGAAUCGUUCCACCGGCGGUUCUUCCGAUCGCACCACAAAGAGUCCACUCCGGGCCCGCCCGAGACGACGGCGGCUUCGUUGGCCGCGGAAGAGGAGAUCACGGAUGAGGGACACGCGUCCAAAGAGUCGCUGGCCGAGUUCGGCGACAGCGAUUUGCAAGAAGUGGUAUCGCUGAGCGACGAUUGCAGCCGGUCAAAAGACACCAAGAGCAUGUGCGAGCACAGGGCGGGUGUGAUCGAGGAAAUCGAUUCGGACGAGUUUUUCUUGCGCGAGAAGGGCUUGAGCCACGGCGACGUGCAUAUCAGCAAUUACUUGUCGUCAGAAAUCAAGCACGUGUUCCGAUCAAGCCGGACGAGUUCCGACGAGCAACGCGAAAAUGGCACGUCGGUACCCGUUCGCCCGUGCCGCACCAAUUCGUUAAGGAAACCCAUGCGGUCGCAAAACGGCACGAACACGCUCAACGUGAACGACCAUCAGCGGUUCAGCACGAUGCCCAAAUCGUUCGGUAGCAUAACUCCGUUCAACGUCAAAAAGACGGACAACGACAGCGUUCCGGAGAACAUCAUUACCAGCACAACGUUCGAACCCAACUCUACGCUUCCUCCUGCGUUCAGAGUGCCCUGGAGGACGGCCGACAAGGAGAACGUAGUGGCGCACAUGCCGCCCAAACCGCCAGCACGCCAACGAAUGACGAUCCAACGUUGUUCAACAUUCGACACGCGGUCCAUGAUCGAUCUAUCCCGGAAGAGAAGCCAAUCGCAAACCGGAUUCCUGCAACAAAUCAACUUUUCAGAAACCGCGCCGAAAGCACCACUUCGAAGGUCCAGGGUAUCGUUGGCCGACACGGACAGGGAGAACUCUGUUGGUUUCGAUAAAACGUUUGCGGCCGACAGGAGCGCACCGACACCGCCGUUGCGUCGUUCUCGCAUGUCGCUCAACACCGACACGGACGCCGAAGAGCGGAAUAUCACGGUUCAAGGAAUAACAAAGAAACGCACUCCGCCGCCGCGGCCGGUGUUUCCCGGAUACGCGACGGUGGACAAGUCGUCGUCGUUGAUGACACCGGAAUCGCCGAUGAGACACAUGCGGAAGAAGUCGUACGACGUGAUCAAGAGCCAGGAGUUCGGUGGAUUUUUCACAAUACCCAGAUCUUACAACUUCAACAAACCCACCACCGCCGCAGCCGCCCAACCGCAAGAUCAUCCGAUAAACUUACCGCAGCCCGCCCGGCCGGCCAGGGCAUACAACACUUUAGGACCGCCCCGGCCGCAAAGACGCCGCCGGGAAAACGAGUACGGUGACGUGGCCGAUGACAACCGGACCGACCAUCAGACAGAUCCACCGUCCACCGAGGACGAAACUGGACCGGCAAAAGUGUUGAUCUCGGGCGAUGUGAUCGAAAAAAUGAAGCUCAGGCCACUGCCGUCGCCGCCUCCUCCGCCCCGUAGGACCAAGGCCCCGGACGAACUACCCGUGCUCAUCCAGAGGAGGAACACCGACUCAGUGUUGACUCCUUUUUUAGGGGCACGAGAAACAUCUGUAGCAUCUUAUAAAUUGGCUACCGAUGUUUCUCGGCGAAACGAAGACGUCUCAAUCGCCAUACAAACGGACCCACUGCCGGACGGAUACGAGCUAGACGACGUCGGGUCCAGCUGCGACUCGGCGUCCGAUAACGGCGAGCGGCCUACGUCCAGGUUGUCCGCUACUUCCGACCACCAACAUAACCGGCCAACGUCUAGGAUAUCCAUUGACGAGCACGUAGAUGAACAACAAUCAUCUAGAUCGCUUGUGGUAGAAAAGUGUGACGCCGCCGCCGCCACCUCUAGAGUGAUUUGCGCGCAUAAAAUUAACGUCGACGAGCUGGAAGUGGGCAAACUCACCAUAGCCGAUAUCCGAAGCCAACACUUGGACGUGGACGGCAUAACGGGAUCGUGCCUGAAAAUUGCUCAUUUGUCCAGCGGAUUACCCAACAGCGCCGCUCUGCCGUGUCACGACGACCAACGGUACCCGCGGUUGGCGUCGCGCGAACCGCCGGCGCACGUAACCGACGAGACCAUGUCCGUCCAGUCGCGAGUAUCGUCCAUGUACCCGGAAGUGGACUCGGACGAGGACCGGACGAGCAUGAUGGGCGCACCAACUCCGCCGCGACGUCGUAGCAAGCCGCCGCAGUCGUUGGACCGCGGCCGGCAUGUUGAUAUCGCAGCGGCUGCCGACCCGUCCAUCACCGAACUCAGUUGCCAGUUGUUCCGGCUGUGCCACUCGAACGUUUGCGGUCUGUUCAACAAAGUAGUGCAGCAAGUGGUGCCCGAGGACUCGGAGAAACAGCGCGACUUGCAGGCGGCUCUAUGCUUCUUGAGCAUAGUGUUGGCCGGUCUCCUUAUAUUGGGAUUCGGCAACGAAAAAACCGUUCAUCACCACCAUUGGGACUUUCAGUUUCCACCGCCCAACUAAUGAGGAGCACACCGCCAAGUUAAUGAUGCUUUUUUGUUUUUUUGCAUUUUAUAAUUAUUGUGUAGUGAUCGUUAAAUAAUAAUUGUUAUCUACCGUUAGAGAUUCUACCGAUGUUUAGAUAGAACGUUGGAAUUUAGAGUGACGUGACGAUAAAGCCUUUGACGAAAAAGGCAGUUUUGCAUUUAAAAUGUUACAACAAUAACCCAAUUUAAAAAGUACAUUAUAAACCUAUGUCGUAUACAGGGUGGUUCAUUAAGGGUAAGACACUCAUUUUCUCAUAAAAUAAUGGUAAUUAUGUAGGGUUUGUUUUGGGAGACACUUUUUUUUCUUUAAUAUCUCAAAAUACCAAAUAUUUACUUUUCUAGAACUCUAUCAACUUUUGAAACAUAAAUGGUAUUGUUUAACUAACAAGUCAACAUUUACAGCAAAUUAUUUAAAAAGUUAAUUGAAUAUAAUAUACAUUAAAGUUUAAAAAGUUGAUAGAGCCUCGAAAAGAAUAAAUAGAAACUAUAUAAAUUUGAAUGUUGUCUAAUAUUGUAAAAUAGGUAACAUAAACUAAAGUGUCUCCAAAUAGAAAAACUACAAAAUUGCAAUUAUUGUAAGAGAUAACUAAUGUGUUGUUCUUAACAAAUCACUUUGUAUGAUAGAUUUUAGUUGAAAUAUGUUUUCGUGAAAACUAUUGAGAAAAAAAAAUAUGGCACAAUUUUAGUAAAUGUUAUUUUGUUUUUAAUAAUUAAGCAUGUAACACGUUCACGUCUGAAUUUAGUUUUUUAUAUUACGUAUAAAGAUUUUUAGGAUAUCAAAAUGACUUGCUUAUUUUUUUUACUAGAUUCAUAAAAUAUUUAUUAUACAAUCAAAAAAUAUUUAACUAUUUGUAAUAGUAUAAUAUAAUAUUAUGUUGUUUACACACUAUCGACUAGUUCAAGUAGUAAAUUUUAUGUCAUUAUAAUACAGUCUUAUCAAAAACCGAUUACACUA